AUGCAGCUUGUUGGUUGUUACCGCUCUUGUUCCCUCAAAUUUAUAAUACGUAUUCGUGAAUUUGAAUCUGGUGAAUAUGGUUUAGAAGAGGCAACGGAACAGAUAAGAAAACUGAAACAAGAAUUAGAUGUACGAGAUAAUCAAAUAAAAGAACUUAUAGAUUCAAGCAAUCUACUUCACCAAGAAGCUGAUUUAUUAGAGCAAGAUAACUUAGCCAUGAAGGAAAAAUUAGGUUUAUCAGUAGAUGAUGUUGUGAGACCUAAAGGUAUGAUGGCUAGGCAUAAAGAAGCACAAACAAAAAUUACUAUGUUACAAAAAGAACUGGAUGAAUGCAAGGAAGUUAUUGUUAAUCUUAAAUUAAAAAACCGUAGUUUGAGUAAAUCUACUGAGUCCGUUAAAUAUAUCAGUUCAGACGGGGAAGACAAUAAAGAACGAUUAAUGACAGAAGUUACCAUUUUAAAAGAUCAACGGUUGAAUUUUGUGAUCGAAGUAGCUAAUUUCUAUGGAACAGAUGAUGAACUGACAUCUUUAAAGGCGGAAAAUAUAAUUUCUAAACAAAGAGCAGAACAUUCUGAUAAAAUGUAUUCACUUUUAAAAGGUUAUUAYUAA